AUGGCACACGAGGAGGAGGUUUUGGAAUGGCUGCGCGAGCCCAUUGCAGGAGAGCUGCUGCCUCUCUUGGCUGUAACAUCAAGCAACUACCAAAGCGUUUUUGACUUCUGGCAGUUUUCACUUCGGUACCUCGGCUAUCCCAGGCAAAAGAUCAACGUGGUGGACUUAGGGCAGCUGACGCCUCCAUUCGGCUACUGCACGGAGUCCUGGAGAAAGGCAAUUGACCGCCAGCUCGAGGAGGUCGUCAGCUGGAUUGACCGCCACAUGGGCGAGUACUUCAUCCACACGGACACUGACAUCCAGUUCUUCCCUCGAUUUUUGCAGCUUCAGCGCGAGUGGCUGCAGUGGAUGAAGGACGAAUCACUUGACAUGAUUUUCAUGCGCGAGCGCACGGAGGUCAUACCUCAUCUUCGCCUUGGCGAGGUGAAUGCUGGUUUCUACGUCGUCCACUGCAAUGCCCGGACCAGGUCCUUCUGGCAGACUGUUCUGAAGGAAGAGCAGGCUUGCCCAAAGAUGGAGGGCCAUCCGCCGUAUACCGCGUUGGACCCAGGAUCAGUUUCACUUGAAUCGUGGACUUGGCCACCGCCGGGGCGCUUUCCCUCAGGAGGGGGCCUUCGGGGUGCGCUGGGCGACGAUACCCGACUACCACUGCAUCUGGAGCACGCCUUCUGCGAGGGGCGAGGAGGUGAAGUUUGCCGCCUUCCACCACGCGGUGAACACCAGGGACAAGCCUCAACUGCUUCGUGCCGUGCGGCAGCAGGUCUGCGCCGUUCAGCUGGGGCAGCCCCCAGGUUUGCUGGGGAAGCUGCCGCUAUGCUCCGAGAAAGGUGGAGGCUCCAGCCUGGUUGCCCAGAUACAACAGCUUACUUCAGCUUUGAGAGGAGUCCGGGCCCAGUGUAA